AUGACCCGCCUAGAAGGGGACAUCCAGAGGCUCAGGGACACGGCUCUGCUGUGCUGGGGGAAGAUUCUGGGAGGAAGCGCCCAAGGAUUCGAGAGGGAGAAAUCUAGGGUUGGGCUUGGGAAUGAAGGAUCGCGACGUGUGCCGCCGUCCGGCCCCAAGAUUGCCUCCGACGAGAUCUUUACGCCAUACAUCACGACAUUGGCGCCGCAGGAUGUGCCCAUUGCCAUGGUGUCACGGUCCGCCUACAGGUCGGCAGACAAGUCAAACGUAAAUGUGCCUCAGAACGAGGCAUGGCUAUCCUUGAUCAGGAACCCAGAGCGGAGUGUGCUCAUCCAGAACCCUGAUCUCAACACCGUGCCCGUUACCAAAUCUAUCGUCGACGCCCUGGCGCGUGGGAUCGAAGGAACCGUGUCUCUCAGAUUCGGCUAUACCGCCGCUGGCGAGAUGAUCCCCGGCGAGGCUGAGACGAAUGAGAAAGCCACGAAGCGUUUGAUAGCCAUGAUGACGGCGGAUGGUCCCGCCCUUGUCGAUGACUGCGUCGGUGUGCAAGAGGUCAAUGUCAUGGUGGACAGCCCGCUGAUAUGCAGGGUGUGGCGAGAGAGGUUGGAGAGGAAUCAAAACGCACGCCAGUUUGGGGUGGCCGAGGACGGCAUCUGGAGAGAAGGGGAUGGAAGCCCAGGCGAAAGAUACAGAAGGGAUCCUGGCAUGUUGGAAGGUCUAGUCUGGGGCGCUGGGGGUAUGCUCAAGAAGCUGAGGGUUUCGGGUGGUCUUGGUCGCGGCCAAUGA